AUGACUGCCCCUGGAAACAAUGGUGUUGCAACUCGUGUCAAAAACGAGAAUAACGUUGCAGAUGAAAUAGAUACGGCAGAUGGGGAUAGGUCCUCUUUUCAUGAUACCGCCGACGGGGGCAAUGGUUCUGAUAAUAUAGGAAUCGAGCACGACAGUGACGAAGAUGGGUUCAGAUUUGAAUACUCAGAGUACAAGGUACAUAAGAAUACUUUUCUAUACCUGGUGGAUCUCAGAGCCAAUAAUAGACGGACUUGGUUCGAACAUAAGUACAGAAAAGCAAGACUGAAGGCAAUACUGCCAGCAAUAGACCAUCAAAAAGAAUGCAAACAGACUCUUAUACCCAAGAUCAUGGCGUUUGAUUCUACCAUCCCUGAACUACCCCCCAAGGAUGUCAUAUUUCGGAUCUACCGAGAUGUUCGCUUUAGCAAGGACAAGAGACUGUCCAAGUCACAUUUCUCCGCAGCGUUCUCCCGCACUGGUAGAAGGAGACCUUAUAGACCUGAAGCGUGGCGUCAAUCUCUGAGUUCUGAGAAUUUUAGGGAUAUGUUUUUGCCAAAAGUGAAUGCCGGCGUGGAAGGAGCACUGGAGACAAAGCCGAAGGGCUAUGGUGCAGACCAUCGGAAAAUCGAGCUGUUGAGGUUACGAAAUUAUCACGUUGUAAAACCGGUGGACGAUGCAGUUUUCACUGCCGAAGACGGGCAGGACAGGAUAAUCAAUAUCCUUAGUAUUUUACUGCUGUUUGUUACAUUCCUCAAUGAUAUCAUCAUGCCAUGA